AUGCAUCGAACAUACUCAAUGCGCCAGUCGCGCGCACCAACUGCGUCGCAGCUGGAAACUCCUCCACCACCAUCUUCGUCCACAAAAGCUGGAAGGCUCUUUGGUCGCAGCAAUUUUGGACACAAGUUCAGAUCCCAAGCGGCGGGCGCAUUCGGCCCAGAUCUAGCCAAGAAACUGACACAACUGGUCAAGAUGGAGAAGAACGUCAUGAGAACGAUGGAGCUGGUUGGUCGUGAGAGAAUGGAAGUUGCUCAACAACUAUCGAUCUGGGGCGAAGCCUGCGAUGACGACGUUUCCGACGUAACUGACAAGCUCGGUGUCCUCAUUUACGAAAUCGGUGAGCUCGAGGACCAAUUCGUCGAUCGUUAUGACCAGUACCGAGUCACAAUCAAAUCCAUCCGAAACAUUGAAGCCUCGGUCCAGCCAUCGCGAGACCGCAAGCAGAAGAUCACCGAUCAGAUCGCACAGCUGAAAUACAAGGACCCCAACUCUCCACGCAUUGUCGUCCUGGAACAGGAACUCGUCCGAGCUGAAGCCGAGUCCCUGGUCGCUGAGGCGCAGUUGAGCAACAUCACACGAGAGAAGUUGAAGGCUGCAUUCACCUAUCAGUUUGAUGCACUCAGAGAACAUUGUGAGAAGACUGCCAUCAUCGCUGGCUACGGCAAACAUCUCCUCGAACUGGUUGAUGACACCCCAGUCACCCCUGGCGAGUCUCGACCUGCAUAUGACGGUUACGAAGCCAGCAAAGCCAUCAUCCAGGACUGUGAGGACGCUCUCACGAACUGGGUCCAGUCCAAGGCCACCGUCAAGUCCAGCCUGUCCACCAGAGCACGAACUCUGAGCCAAAGACGCAAGAACAAGAUGGGCAACGGCGAGGGUCAUGACCUCAGCCACCAGGAUCAACCACUAGAGGGCGAGCGAGACGGCUGGGUCCCAGCCAGCCAGCACGGCGAGUAUGAGAACGAAGAUGACGAUGACGAGGAAGAGUCUCAGGUCAGAGGACGACAGGAAGAGGGUCAGACUGCGUAA